UGGAAGAGAUCAGUCUCUUUCGAAUAUUCAAAGCAGUCGGAGGGUGCACUCCGCAUUUAGAAAUGUCUUCCCAACUCUUAUCUCUGGGGUUGGCUCUGGCACUGAUCUUUCUGAUCGGUGGACAAUGGACUGCGGCCCGGCCCCAGAAUCCUUAUUAUGUGGAAAACGGUGGACGGCAUCAUCAUCAUCGUCAUGGAUUUAGACACGGUCAUGGUCCAGGAUAUGGUCCAGGAUAUGGUCCAGGAUAUGGUCCAGGAUUUGGACCAGGACCAGGAUAUGGACCUGGUCCAGGAUUUGGACCACCUCUUGGUCCAGGAUAUGGUCCAGGCUUUGGUCCAAGAGAUGGACCAGGACCCUCCUUUGGUCGCUUCCCACCGCCCCCAUCUGAUGGCCCUCCAUCAGUUAAUCCCUAUAAUGUACCGUCUGGUGGACAACAGCCUGGCGGUCAUUUCGGGGGUCAACACUUCCCACAACCUGGAGGAGAUUUUAGCAGGGAACAACCGGGUGUCAAGCACUCAGGUGGAGAUUUCAACAGGGGACAGCCCGGAUUCCGACAACCAGGAGUAGGAUUUCAGCGACCCGGUGGAAAUGUGCCCUCUUCCCAGGAUCUAGACAGCAAUGAGGAGCUACCCACCUAUUCUGUUGGUGGAUCCCAGCAGCCAGGUGGAUUCCAACAGCCGGGCCAAAACCCAGGUGGAUUCCGCCAACCAGGUGGCGGUGAAAAUACCCAUCAGCCUCGACCUGGGCAAAACUCAGGUGGAUUCCAACAGCCAGGCCGAAACCCAGGUGGAUUCCCAAAUCAUGACCAAAACCAAGGAGGGUUCCAACAGCCAGGACAAAACCAAGGUGGAUUCCAACAGCCAGGGCAAAAUCCAGGUGGAUUCCACCAACCAGGUAGCGGUGGAAAUACUUUUCAGCCUCGACCUGGCCAAAACUCUGGUGGAUUCCAAGACCAAGGAGGAUUCCAACAGCCAGGUGGAAAUUCUGGCGGAUUCCAACAGCCAGGUGGUGGUGAGAAUACACUUCAGCCCAGACCUGGACAAGGCACAGGAGGAUUCCAGCAGCCAGGAGGAAAUUCAGGUGGAUUCCAGCAGCCAAGUGGAAGCACAGGUGGAUUCCAGCAGCCAGGCCAAAAUCAGGGACAGAAGCCCGGAGGCUCUGGGAACACGAUCCAACCUCGACCCGGCAGCCAAGACGAAGACUUCUCCGAGUACAAUUUCCAGUCUCCCAAGACUCUGCAGCCACGACCUGGUCAGGACUCCGCAACCGGAGGCACUGGCGUGGGGAAUACCAUCCAACCGAUUCCUGGACAGCAACAGUCCACUCCCAGCCAGGACUCAUCUGCUGACAAUAUACAAAAUAACCUCAACGACCUCUUCAACACUCAGGAGUUUCUGUCGCCCAAAUUGAGCCCCGUUUCUGAGUCCCACAGAAAUCCGAAAUCGGAGGCGGAGGAAGUGAACCCGGAAUCGGUCAACACGCGCACUCUACUAGUCACCGAUCCCAAGUGCUCGGACGGCACCAAACUCAUGGCAGGACGAUGCCGAAAGGAAGUCUAGGAAAUACCCGCGGAAAAUUCGUGUCCCGAAAUCAUUGUAUACAUACCCAUUAACAAAUUUCGUUGUGUCAAUAAAUCUGCGAUUCCUUGAUAUCAGUA